CCGCUCGGUGCGCGACAGCCAGUACACAGACAGGCAGUGUUGUUCUGAGCUCCUCCGGAAACCUCGCCACCCCCAGUCUCGCUCGAGCACAGAUACAAGCUUGGAAAAGGAAAAAUCUCCGAUGGCUCCUUCCGCUUCGCACGCCGGCGCCGCGCUCGUGCGCCUCCCUCCCCGCCCCGCGCCGAGCUCCCUGCCACAGCAAGGUUUUGGCCGCGCCGGAGCCUCGCUGCUGGCCGUGCGUGCGACCAAGGACUCGGACGGGUUCAGACCUCUGGUCUCCGAGAAGCCCGAGUGGCCGGCGCCGCCGCCGGCGAAGCGGGAGGGGCUGGAUGGUUUCGGCCGGGAGGCGAGCAAUGGGGAGGAAGACGGGCAGGCGCAGGGCGAGCUGGCUCCGUGGAGCGUUCUCAACCAGCUCGGCGUCGAGUUGGAUUCUGACAGUUCAUAUACUGCUCUAGUCUAUGGGUCCUCCGCCAUUGUUGCUAUUUGGAUAUCAUCAAUAGUGGUUUCUGCACUUGAAUCAGUCCCUGUGGUUCCUCAGGUGAUGGAAGUGGUUGGCCUCGGCUUCACGGUUUGGUUCACCUCGCGAUAUCUGAUAUUUAAGGAAAACAGGGACGAGCUGAUCACGAGAAUCGGCUCCAUCAAGAGGCAGGUGCUCGGGUCUCGUGACGACUGACUGAUCAAUUUUCCAGCGGUCUGUUGUAGCCCUAGUGAAAAAGAGGUCGCACUGAAACACCGACGGUGUUUGAGGAGAGAUAACCUGGUACCCGUGCCUGCUUCCCCUUUUCCGACACAAAAUAGUGUUCUGAAUAAUUAGUACACUAGUACUUCAUUUCAGGCCUUCCUUCAGAUUGUGGUUGCUUCUGGAUUGGUUAUACCGAAUCCUGUCAUUUGACUA